AUGCUGCCCAUAUUUGAUGAUUAUGGGGACAAUAAAGAAGAAGAGAUCACAUGGAGUGACCAUGGAGAGUCCUUGGUGAUUCAAAGGAUUAUGAAAGCUGCCAAGGUGGAGGAGAACCCGAAUUGGCUUCAGAAUAAUAUAUUCCAUACCAAGUGUAUAUCUCAUGAAAAGAUUGAAAAGAAGCCGGUCCCUUACAAGUUGUCUUGGGUUAAAAAAAGGAAUGAAGUCAUGGUGAAUCAACGCUGCCUAGUGACAUUCUCCAUCAAGCAAAAGUAUUAG